UACCACCGCAAUCUCCACCUGUUUUUGUUCAGCGCCCGACUCUGCCACCUCAACCCGCCGUAUAAAUAUCUAUUCAUCUUCCGUCACCGGAAUUCCGUGAGUGACGCUUCGGUUCGGAGUUCCGGCAAUGAGAUGAGCGCGAAUUACGACGAAUCGUGCUCCAGGUCGAUCAACGAGACGGUAAAUGGGUCCCACCGUUUCACAAUCCGGGGUUACUCCCUGGCCAAGGGCAUGGGUUCCGGCAAGUAUAUCGCCAGCGAUACUUUCAGCGUCGCCGGCUACGAUUGGGCCGUUUACUUUUACCCCGACGGCAAGAACGCCGAGGAUUCUUCCGUCUACGUCUCCGUCUUCAUCGCGCUCGCUAGCGACGGCGCCGACGUCAGGGCUCUGUUCGAGCUCACACUGUUGGAUCAGUCCGGGAAAGGGAAACACAAAGUGCAUUCCCAUUUCGACCGGUCCCUUGAGGGCGGGCCUUACAGUUUGAAAUACAAAGGAAGCAUGUGGGGCUACAAACGUUUUUUCAAGAGAACAAGCUUAGAAACCUCUGACUAUCUGAAGGAUGAUUGCCUUGUCAUGAACUGUACUGUUGGAGUUGUCAGAACUCGUGUUGAAGGGCCAAAGAAAUAUAGAGUUUCUGUUCCUGCUUCUGACAUGGGCCAAAAUCUGAAAUACUUGAUGGAUUCAGAAAUUGGCUGUGAUAUAGUUUUCCAGGUUGGAAAAGAGACAUUUAAGGCUCACAAGCUGGUCCUUGCUGCUCGUUCUCCUGUAUUUAGAGCCCAAUUUUUUGGCCUUAUUGGAAAUCCUAAUACAGAGGAAGUAGAAAUUCAGGAUAUUGAACCGUCUAUAUUUAAGGCUAUGCUUCAGUUUGUCUACUCUGAUCAGCUUCCUGAUUUACUUGAAAUUACCGGCUCAACAGCAACAAUCAUGUUGCAGCAUCUGUUGGCUGCAGCUGACCAAUUUGGUUUAGAUAGGUUGAAACAAUUGUGCGAGGCAAAAUUGUGUGAGGGAGUAACUGCUGAUACAGUGGCAACAACUCUUUCAUUGGCUGACCAGCACGGAUGUUCACAACUCAAGGCCAUCUGUUUGAAAUUUGCAGCUACAAACUUGGGAGUUGUUAUGCAAUCAGAAGGGUUCAGGCAUUUGGAGGAGAGCCGCUCCUCAGUCUUAUCUGAACUGUUGGAAACCGUUGCAUCAGUUGAUGAAAAGGCGGUUCUGAUAUCUAGUAAGAAGAGGAAUAGCAGUAGUAUAUUUGGAAUAGAUCUAAUAGCCAAUGGUGAUGCAGCGGAAUCUGUUAUUCGUAAUUUUAGGCACUUGCGAAGGCGGACGUGAUUGCCCGUUAUGUUUCAGUGAAAUCUGGCCCUUACAAGUUGCACAUAAUGUCAUUUUCCUGUUUAUUUGUAUGUCAAGAUGAAAGCUUUAAUAGUGAUUGUAUGGUUAUCAAGUUAUGCUAUCAUCUAGGCUAGGCUCCAAGAUCAUGUUUGUCAAUGUAUGCAUAUGCAGUCUCUCGUGAAAUGGUUUCUGAUAGAAUCACUUUAAUUAGUUAAAAACAUGUUUCUAUUACAUGGAAUAUGAUUUUAGAAUUGUGUUACA